GAAACACUUUCCAUUGCGGACGGUAGUGCCAAACCGUUUGACCAGUGUUCCUCGUGUUUGAACGUUUGCGGGACAAUUCGGCGAUUUUUCACUGUGUGUCGUUCGAAAAUCGAAAUUCGAAUAUUUUAUUAGCAUGGACGAGGACAAUUGAUGAUGUGUACCAGUGAAAAAACGAAAUGUCCCUGCUGAAUUACAGUGCGCCUUAUAUGGCAACCCCUCUGCCACCGACCACCAGCUACUUCCAUCCGCAGCCGCUGCCGCCGCUGCAACCGCCCCACCAAGGCCCGUAUUCGUAUCCGCCGCCGCAGAAACCGUUCCUGAACGAGGACUACGCCAGCCGCAAUCACAAGGGUUACCAGCCGGGUCCGGUUAACCCCUACCAGAAUCCACCCGACGGGAACGUACUUCCGGGUUAUACAAAGAUAGAGGACGACGGUACGAAGACCAGUCUUCACACGGUCAUCGAUUACGAUUACGAUGAUGACGAUGAAGACGGCCAACAACCGCCAGUUACCCCGAUUCAAGGACCUAUUUACGUGAAAAAUGGUAGUGUUCCGGUAGUGCCCCUCUAUUCGCAUCCCGUUCUAAGGAAUGGAUCUUUUGUGCAAAUUCCGAUACUGUGGACCGCCCUUUCAGUGGCUUUGGGCUACCAGCAAACGGGCAACCUGAUUUCCGGCGUGCCCUGCAUCAAAAAGAAGGGACAACUAAUGUGUCCUACACCCGGAAACUCGUAUCCACUAGAUAGGAUAGAGCUGUUCAUAGACGAGAACAAGGCGCUGAUGAAGCGGAUGUACGGAGAGUUCGAUAUGGGACCACCCGAUGAUUACCCUCCGGGCCAGACGGCGGGGCGUAAAUACAAAAGAUCAACGAAACCGGGCGUGCCGGACUUGCAUUUCGAUCCGGACGCGCCCUCGCACACCGUCAGUUCGGACUCGUUCUUCGGUAAGGUGCGGAACCCGCGCCAAAACUUCCGCAGCAACCAAAGCUCCGAGAGCGGAAGGGUGGACGCGUGCGAAAGCAAAGUGGAGAUCGUGACGCCGUACUGGGCGUCGAAUUCGGCCGGUAAGAUCAGGGCGAUCGUGAACACGCAGCAUUUCGAGCAGGCCAUCCACCAGGAAGUUUGCGCAAAAGCCAGGACGAAACGGUGUUCGGGCGACUGCGGCUGCGAGCAGAAGUACAAAUGGCACCGAUUACUCUCCUACGACCCCGACAACGAUUGCAAGGGCAUAUUUAUGGACUGGUUCCUGUUUCCUUCAUGCUGUGUCUGUCGGUGUAAUCCCAAUUAAAUUUAUACCCCGUGUUUUUAUCACAUUCGUAUUGUAAAUUGUGACUGUUGUGAUAAUUUACCCAAUUAAAUUUGGCCACAUCAUGUAACAAUUUAGUUUAUUACACAAAUACAUAGGAUUAGUUAUACAUAAGUUCCUAUCCUAUUUAAAAUGUUUUUGGCCCAUCGAAAAUUGUACCGCAAAAACUUAUUAUGUGCCAAAUAGUGCCUCCAGUGAUUGUAUUAAUCCGUAACAGUAAUAUUCAGUGAAAUCUUACGGGUACUGUUAACCCAUUAAAAAUACUCACUCACUUGUAUAGAGUUAAAACUGGAGUUUUAUGAUUUGUAUUUAUUAUUAUAGAGCUUAUUUUAAUUUUGAACAGAGGUGCAUCCGCCAUUUACUCAUUAACUUAUAUCAUCCGAAAAUUCCGGAUACAACCUCUGUUUUAGUUAAGUUAAUUUUAGAUUGACUGAUACUUAUGUUUUUUUUUGUAUUUUUUAUGUGUGUAGGUAUACUAUAAUAUACAACUUAAGAUCUGAAUGUUACCAUGUUUUAUUAUAUUCAUUGGUAUUAAAACUACGAUAGUUACCAUUUAUUAGUUUAUUAGAUUAUUUUUUAUUUGUAUAAAUGGCUGCCAUUUUCAUAUUAAACAUAAAAUAAAUUAUUUAUUGUGGUGUGA